AUGUCCAGUACUAAAGCUGACACCGCAACACCAGCAGCGACCAAGGAUCCAGAAUGCCCGUUGAACGGUCAUCAUCAUCGUAAGAAGGUAGGCGCUGCCAACCCCACCUUCGAGAAGCUCUUCGAUGAUGGUCGUCCGGCGAUCCUGUCGGAUGCUGAUAGACUCAGUUAUGAGACGUUAAAGCUGUAUGGCUCAGCCAUAAGAGAUGCUCUCCAAAAUGAUAUCCAAGCGAGGAUGCUCCCGGAGUUGAACAGAGCAGGUGCUUUCGAGUCUACUGAGCAUCUGGCUGAGCUCGUUGGGACCAUGAAGGCUACUAUAUAUCGAUCUGUGGCCCAUAUGGUGAUGGACGAGACGUUUAUUGAUAGGAUAGCUUCCGAGAUGGAUAAGGGCACCUGUGACGCUGUGUCCAGCGGACAUGUAGUGAGCCAUAUCGCUGUACUCUUCAACAAGGAGGGUGUAGCAGUGUGA